GACGAGGAAGCCCUUUAUGGUGUUGGGUUACGGAACAUUUGAACUAGUAGCGCGUGGUGAGUUGCAAAUGGAUAGAUAGGGAUUAAGAAGUAGCAAAUGGGAGUCACCGGAAGGAGCUUCAGCGUUUUCUGCUUUACUCCUUCUCUUCCAUCGAGGGGAAGGUUUUGUACAGUAUUGGCUAAAAAGAAAGAUUUUCAAAACAACAAUAACGAGUCUCAACAGAAACCUUUUUUACUACCAUUGAGGGUUUCAAACUCAAAUCUUGCACGCGCUGCCAUUGGAGUAUUUGCCUUAGGGUUCAUUGAUGCAGGGUACAGUGGAGAUUGGUCAAGGAUUGGAGUUAUAACAUCGCAGAGUGAAGAAUUGCUAAGGCUUGCAGCUUUUCUAGUGGUUCCUAUCUGUGUCCUUUUCAUUUUCUUGCUUCCCAAAGAACCUAAUUAUUGAGCUUUUCAAAUGCGAUAUAUAUAAAAUUGUGAGUUUGGAUGUGGAUUAUUGUGUAUGUGUGUGUCUCUCUAUAUAUAUGGUGUCCUAAAUAUUAAAAAAUCAAUUGUUUACAAAUUUCCAUAUUGAGGCCUAUGUUGCCUUUGAAAAUUUAAA